AAUUGUUUAUAUUAUGUGAUGACAAGAUUCAUACUUUUUAAAUUUGUUUUGAUUCUCUUCCGUUCUUAGUUUAUUUUAAAGAAUGCUAGGCAAUCUCAAAGAAUUUAUUUCAGUCGUACAAGAUGGCUUAAGUUCAAGUAAUAAUCUUCGGCAGACUCUGCAAGAGGUUCAGAAGGUUACUAAUAUAUUUAAAGAUAAACAGAAAGUUUCCAACGAAAGAGUAAAUUUCGGAGCUGGUGGUGCACUAUUAGAAAAAUAUCAUGAAGAAUGGGCUGCACUACAUGAAUAUGCAGACAAAAAUGCAAAAGCCGCCGAAGAAGUAGAUAGAUUGGUCCUUCACUUACAUGAGAUUUCGAAUAAACGGUUAAAAGCUGCGACAGAACUUUCAAAUAAUAUAGCUUAUUUACCUAUGUUAACAGCAAGUGUCGCGCAGUGUAUGGAUGGCCUAAAAAAUGUACAAAUAUUGUUACAAGAAGUUGAGGAGCAACUAGUUGAGUUUGAAGAUUUAGUAGAAAAAAAUAAUAUGGAAAAAUGGAAGCUUGAUCAUCAUUAUGAAUUAAGUCUUUAUAAGAAGAAGAAAAUGACACAGCUUGAAGAAACAAGAACACAGUUAGCAAAAGAAAAUGCAGAGCUAAAUAACAAAAGAGAGAGACAACAGUUUGCAGAGCUGCAAAUAAAGAGAGAAACUAGUGCAGCUGCUUUCCAGAGUGAUGUUGCAAGAUAUUUGACCAGUGGCAGCUUACCUUCAGGUUCAGGACCUCAGCCAUUGCCAACAGCACUUGAACAAAUUGAAUUGGAUGUUGAUAGUUCAGACUUAGAAAAAUUCUUAGAAGAAAGCUGAUUUGUUUGAAUAAAUCCAUUCAUAUUGGUAGUUAUUGACAAUAGAGUAUAAAUGUUAUAUGUAUUUAUAAAUGUUUUUGGAACAAUUGGGAACAAAAUAAAAUCCAGAUAUACA